AAUGUAAAUUCUGAGAAAGGCAGUUCCGGGAAACUUUACUUUCACUUUUAACAUUAUCACGCUUUAGAACCAUAGACCUCGUCAUUCUGCCGUUUUGGAAUGUGUCCACCAACUGCGGAUUUACAGGAAUAAUGGACAACAAUGGUAAACGGUCAAAAAGACCUCAUAAAAAGCAAUCAACAAAAACAAAUUAUAAUGGAUCAAACCAAAAUAGUUCUGGGAAAGAUAAUGCAGUACGAUUUCAUAAAAGUCUACAAUCAAAUUCAAUUGCUUCUGGUGGAAAGCAACAUAAAACUGAAAAGUUUAAAACAAAACUGAAAAAUUUUCCUGAUUUUAGAAAUCGUUGUCAGACAUCUGCAAGAUCCAUUGUGUGUUCCAAACACAGAAUAUGUUGUUUAAACUUGAAAUUAUUUCAAGACCUGAUUGAGAAGGAUGCAAGCAGUAUUUGUCUACAGUUGGGAUCCUGUGAAGAAUGCUUCAAAUACUUUCUCAAUAAACCAAUUGAUCUUCACACAACAACAUUGUUUUUGAAAGUCUUGAGACAAAGUUUGAAAUCUUUCACACUAAAGGAAAUGAACAACAAACAUCUGUCACUAAUGAUGUAUUCCACAUUCUUUGAUCAUAUCAAUGAUGUAAUUAUUGUCAUAAGAGACAUAAAUGACAAAGAAAAAGACUUCUUAACUGAAAUAUUAAAUAUAUUUAAAAUAAUUCUAACACUUACUCCCAGCCAUUAUGUAAAAGUCAUGCAAACUGUUGGCAUUAUAGAUAUUGCUGUUCAAGAUCCUGAUUCAGAACUUAAUUUGAAAAUGAAAGAACUACAAAAUCUUUUACAAUCUAUCAGUUCUGAACAUGCACCUAGAUCCAGGCAGAGCAGAACAGAUUCUUCAUAUAGUAUUGUGGAUGAUUUUAGGAAUCUAAAACUGAUUCCCACAGUAGGAGAGAUUAUUUCAAAUAAGAAACCUAUCCUCCAUAAAAAUAUAAAAAAAGGUGCUUAUGAAAAUCUUGACCAUUAUCUGGACGUACAGUUCCGUUUGUUACGCGAAGAUUUUGUUGGUCCAUUACGUAAUGGCUUAGCUUUAUUCAUUGGUGAUAAGAAAAUACUGAAUGAUAAAAAAAAUGAUGACUUUUAUAUUUAUCAUAAAGUAUAUGUUAUAGAUUGGGUAACAACUAAGAAUGGCGUUCAAUAUAAAGUAUUAUUUGAUGUUUCUAAAUUCUCAAAUAUCAAUUGGGAACAGAAUAAAAGAUUUAUAUUUGGGUCACUUCUCUGUUUGUCUGAAGACAAUUUCAUAACUACUUACUAUGCUACUGUUUCUGAUAGGAAUUCAGAAGAAUUGCAGCAAGGAAUUGUUACAGUGAACUUCUUUCCUGAUGUUAAAUUGAAUAUGGUGAUAAAUAAGCAAUUUGUUAUGGUUGAAUCAAAAGCUUUUUAUGAAGGAUAUCGACCUAUUUUGAUGGGUUUAAAGGAAAUUGUUUCUUGUGAUUUACCUUUCAAGGAUUAUAUUUUAUAUGCUGAUAAAAAUGUGAAGGCUCCAAAAUAUUUGACAGCUUGUAGCCCUGUCUUUGAUUUAUCUUGUCUCACUGAUAAAUCCAAACUUGUUUAUGAUUAUUCCACCAAAACUGUUAAAGUUCAGAGAACCUCUUCAACUGCCAUUAAGGUUGAUGUUCUAGGUAACAGCUGGCCAGAAGCAGUGUCACUGAAUUUCAAUGAUUCUCAGUUAAGUGCAUUUUCCAAUAUUUUAUCCAAAGAAUUCUCUCUUACACAAGGUCCACCAGGUACAGGAAAGACUUAUAUUGGUCUUCAGACAGUCAAGGUUCUCUGUAGCAACUAUGAGAAAUGGUGUGGCAAGCCAAUGCUGAUUGUAUGUUACACAAACCAUUCUUUGGAUCAGUUUCUUGAAGGUAUUGAUAAGUUUUUAGAUGGAGGUAUUGUUCGAGUUGGAGGACGAAGCUCUAGUGAAAUUCUUAAAAAAUAUUCUCUGCAUCAAGUAAAAUUAGACAAUGGAUUUCCAAGGACUAGAGAACUGCAGACAAACAGAGAACAUGUAUAUACUGAAAUAACUGCACUUGGGCAUCAAAUUGAAGACAAAACUAUUUGUUUUCAGACUUUAAAGCAUAAAAUCAUUCCUAUUGAAAUACUUCGGCCAUACAUGCGUCACUUUUAUAAUUUGUUGACAGAAAGUUUUCAAAAGAACAUGGUUGGAAGUAAUUAUAUGAUGGAGGAAUGGUUAGGUUUUCAAAAUGUCACAGUUGAAGAAGAAAAUAGCUUUGAAAGAGUAGCUCAUAAUGAUGAAGUUAUUGAUGACUCUGAUGUUGAAUUUCUUCAAAAUAAUCGUAUGCUUGAUACAGAUAUUGAAGAUUUAAGUCAAGCAAAAUGUAAAAGAAAUCCUGUCUCUGAUGAAACAAAAGAAAGUGAUAAUUUAAACAAUACAGAUGGAUUUGAAAGAACAGCAAAAGAUAAGAAAAAAUUGCAAAAGAGAUUCAAAAUGGAAUUAAAAUCUACAGAGAUAAUGUCUGUUGAAGAAAUUGAUUCAAUCAGUUAUAUUGAUUUGUGGAUAAUGCCUGUUUCCAAACGUUGGUGCCUUUAUCGUUAUUGGGUAUCUCUCUAUUCUUCAAAAUUAUUAGAAGACAUUUUUGAAUUAACAACAGAGUACAACAUGGCUGCAAAGAGAUUGGAAGAGCUGAGAUAUGAAGAAGACAAAAUCAUCUUUCAGAAUUCUUUAAUCAUUGGAAUGACGACUACAGGUGCUGCUAGAUAUCGAGCAAUUCUUCAAGAAAUCCAGCCACGAAUUAUAAUUGUAGAGGAAGCAGCAGAAAUUCUUGAGGCUCAUAUUAUAACAAGCUUAAAUUGCAAGUGUGAACAACUUAUUCUUAUUGGUGAUCACAAACAACUGCAACCAUCUACAAAUGUCUAUAAACUUGCAAAACACUACAAUUUGGAAAUUUCUCUCUUUGAACGCAUGUUUAAUAAUGACAUCGAAGUGAAAUGCCUUAACUUUCAACAUCGCAUGCGGCCUGAAAUUGCAGAACUGGUUCAUCCAAUUUAUCCAGAGUUAAAAAAUCACCAUUCAGUGAAACUGUAUGAUAAUAUCCAUGGAAUUAGUAAAAAUAUAUAUUUUAUUAAUCACAAUCAGCCAGAAAAUGAAGUUAGAUUUGGGACAAGUAAACACAAUCCAUAUGAGGCAUCAUUUAUCACUGGAUUAUGUUGUUAUUUACGAAAACAAGGUUAUGAAAGCUCACAAAUCACUAUACUGACAACAUAUUCAGGACAGUUGUUUUCUAUAAAGAAAUUGAUUAAAACUGAGCGACUAUGUGAUGGUGUCAGAGUAACCAUCGUUGACAAUUAUCAAGGAGAAGAAAAUGACAUAAUUUUAUUGUCUUUAGUCAGAAGUAAUGAGCUUAAUUCAGUUGGAUAUCUAAAAAUUGAUAACAGAGUAUGUGUUGCAUUAUCAAGAGCAAAGAAAGGCUUAUAUGUCAUUGGAAAUUUUAAGCUUCUUGCUACAAACAGUCCACUUUGGGCAGAAAUUUUGUUGUCGUUAGAGGAGAAGAAAAUACUUGUUGAUGCAAUGAUAUUGAAAUGUCAGAAUCAUCCUGAAACAUGUGCUCAAGUAACAUCUUUUGAAGACUUUUGUAAGGCACCAGAAGGUGGAUGUUUAAAACCAUGUGAAGCACGUCUAGAUUGUGGACACACUUGUGCAUUACUGUGUCAUCCUUAUGAUAAGGAACAUACCAAAUAUAUCUGUAAAAAACAAUGUGUCAAAACUCUCCCUGAUUGUAAUCAUCCAUGUUUAAGAAGCUGCUCCGAACGUUGUACACCAUGCAUAACGGAAGUUACAAAAGUAAUGCCAUAUUGCUCUCAUCAUCAGGAAAUGUUUUGUUCCAGAGAUCCUGUUACAUUUAUUUGCCAGGAGCCAUGUCCAUUAGAACUUCCUUGUGGUCAUAAAUGUUUAAAUACAUGUGGAGAAAAUUGUUUGAGUAAAUGUCUUCAAAUCAUUGAAAACACUUGUCCUUGUGGUCAUACUUCAAAUAUAGAGUGCUAUCAAAAGGAAAAAUGUUUUGUAAUUUGUAAAGAACUUCUCGACUGUGGCCAUUUUUGUAAGGGAUACUGUUUUGAGUGUCGUGGAAUUCAUAUUCACAAGCCAUGUAAGGAAGGAUGUGACAGAAUUUUAAUCUGUGGUCAUAAAUGUCAAAGUAAAGAUUGUUCUUCUUGUAUACCUUGUGAAAGGCCUUGUGAAAACCGAUGUCUACACAAUAAAUGUAAAAUGAAAUGUGGUGAACCUUGUAAGCAGUGUGUUGAGCCUUGUCAGUGGGAGUGUAAGCAUUACAAAUGCAGUAAGUUAUGUCACGAACCCUGUGAUCGUCCAGCAUGUAAUGCACCUUGCAAAAAAUUACUUGACUGUAAUCACCAGUGUGCUGGUCUUUGUGGAGAACAGUGCCCUGAAUUGUGCUCAACUUGUAAUGAAGUUGAGCUUAAAGAAAUAUUUUUUGGCAAUGAAGAUGAAAAUGAUGCUCGUUUUGUUCAACUUGAAGAUUGCAAACACAUUUUUGAAGUAACUGGCUUGGAUAAUUGGAUGGAAGUUGAUUUGAAUAAUUCUGAAAUUCAACUAAAAUUGUGCCCAAAGUGUAAAACUCCAAUCAGGCGUAAUCAUAGAUAUGGAAAUCUUAUCAAUAAGACCUUACAAGACAUCGAAAAAGUAAAAGAAAAACUGAAUGCUGAUCCUAGAGAAGUUUCUACAUUAAAAUCUUAUAUAGAUUCAAAUCCAAAUCAUAUUAGAGAUUUAAGAAAGUUAAAAGGACAUUUUCAUAUUGGGAGCAUAAUAAGUAAGGAACAUUUUAACUCUAUGAAAACUAAGGCUCAAUAUUUAGAAGUUUUGUCUAAACUGAGUACAAUAGAUAUUCAAUAUUUGGUUGAAUGGUUUGUAAAUCAUAAAGCUAGAUUUACUGCUCAAGAGCUGAAGGAAGCAAGUUUAGAAGUGCAACGUCUUCAAGAACUUGAAAACAUAGAAGAUUUGAAGACUUAUACACAAGGCAUGUCUGAUAUUUCUAGUUUGUUAAAAGAAGCAUCCACUUAUUUGGAAGGAUUUUAUUCAGAAGAAAAGCAAUCAAAAAUUGAAACAAUCAUGAAUAAAAUAGAAACUUUAAAGCCCGGUUUGAAGAUUUCUGAGAAGGAAAGAAUUGAAAUUGUUCAAGCUUUGCAACUUCCUAAAGGACAUUGGUUUAAAUGUCAAAAUGGUCAUAUUUAUGCUAUUGGAGAUUGUGGAGGUGCUGUAGUGACAAGCAUUUGUCCUGAGUGUAAAUGCGAGAUAGGAGGAACGUCUCAUCAGUUAUUAGGAAGUAAUACAUUGGCUGAUGAAAUGGAUGGUGCAGAACACCCUGCUUGGUCUGAUGCUGCUAAUUUGAAUUUGAUUCAGUAAAAAGAUUUUGUUCAAUAAAUACUAUUUCUUUACUUGUAGAUCUAAUAAAAUUUUAUUGAAAUAUACAGUGUUCUAUAUGUUUGAAAAAUUAAAUUGUUAUCUAUUCAAGUUGUAAGCAAAUCUAAACAUUCUUUUAAUUAUUAUUUAUUUCAUAACAAUAUAUUUGAGCAAUUGAUCAUGCUGCUUUCUCUUUGUAUUGUUUUACCUGUAGUAACUUAACCACAGGUCAAACCUAACUGAAAAUAUGCAUAUAAACCUGUUAAACCAAAACUAACUGUUACUCUAAUUUCAAUACGAAAUAUCAAUGAACACUUUAACUAACCAAAUCCAGUUGCACUCUGGUUGUGAGAAUAAAGUGAAAGAUACUUUUUAGAAUAAAGAAAGCCAUGAAAGUGGUAUAAAAUUAUUUACUGAACCACUUUUAAGCCUAUGAACUAUAUAUGUUUUUUUUUAUAAUAGAUUUGUGUUAAAAAAAAGAAAACAUGGUGUUAGAUGUAGUUUAACAUUUACAUAAGUACAUUUUAUACCCUGGAAUCCUCUAUACUUCCUUUCCUACUAAAUUUGCUUGUAUAUUCAGUCAAAAUAAAGAACAAAAUUAUCA